UAGUGUGUCCACGCCCCAGAGAGAACUGCAGUGCCUUCGUCACAAAAAAAAAGGCUUUUUCUGUUUGCCAUGGCUGAAACGGAGAUCUUAGAGAAACAAAACAAACUGAAAACAGGGCUGGUGAAAGUCCUCGAGUGUGUUGCUACAAUCUCAUCAGCGGCCGCUGUGGUGAACCCCAUCUUUGGUUUGGCGGGCUCGCUGAUCCAUCUAGUCCUGCACCACGUUGAUGACGAAGAGAUCCAGACACUAAAGCGUGAGUUCAGCAGCAUGAACCGGGCACUGGAUGAGAUCUCCCAGCAGAACCGCACAGCCCUACUGCAGAUCAGAACGGAAACGCUGGCCAGCCAGUACUGCGGAGUGGAGGAGAACAUCCGCAAUCAGUUCCGCAAGUUCAUGGAGGUCGUGGAAGCGAAGCCUGAGCACCAGCAGAGCAAAAAGGAUGACUUUGAAAAGAGCUAUGCCUACGACAUGGGCGACCAGAACCUACACACGCUCUAUGAUGGUGUCAUGGGGACGCCCAAGCUCUUCAGCAAACCCAUCCUGGAGGUGUACAUGACACACUCCAAGGGCGACCGGCAGGUGAUGGAGCGUCUAUGCACCCGCCUCACCUACCUCUUCUGCAUUGGGCUGAUAGCCCUCAUGGGCUAUGCUGCCAUCAUCGGGGAUGAUGAGGAAGGAUUGAGCGAGGAAUGGGCCAAGAAGAUGGAAAACCUGCAGGAAAGGAUGCAGGAGGUGCUGAGAAAGUGCAAUUAAAUCUUCCUCCUUUUCCUGACAGCAGACUCCUUUGUAUUUUCUGGAGUGGGGGGUCACCAAACCUGGUGCUGCAGAACUGCCUUCCUGUGGAGUCUAGUUGCAACCACAGCCAGGCAUACCUGCUCUAGCUACACUUCAAAAAAUUGGAUUGUUGGAAAGGAGUUGGAUUUACCUAAAAAAAAAAAAAAAAAAAAAAAUCAAGGCAACUUUUUUUUGCAAGCAGCUUUUUAAUAGAUUCAGCAUGAGGUACUUUCAAGUAAGUUGAACAAAGCAGCUUUUGUUGUACCUACUGAGUUUUCUUAAGUCAAAAGUUACAUCAGGUCAGCUCAAAGAAAUAAAGUCCUAUUUAGCUAUAAAAAUGUGUUGCACUUAAUUUAUUGAAUUUAAGCUAAUUUAAAAUAAACUUAUAAUCCUGUAA